AUGAAAUUGAAAAGAGUUGCUGAAGUGGUGCCUGUGGACUCGAACAAUCUGCACUCUAUUUCCAAUGAAAAGAUGGAAUCGAAGGGGAGCAUAUCCACAUACUCAACUUCCAUCCACAGUGGGAUUGACUCCAGUGAAAAUGAAAUCCCAGCCAUCGAGAAAGCUGGUGUUCAUAAUGCCGAAAUCUACUGUAAGUAUUACUCUCACCCGUUUAAAAGAGUGCUUAUAUUCUUUUCGUUAUUUUUGAUUGCAUUUGCUUACGGUUUAGAUAAUUCUGUCAGGUCAACAUAUCAGACAUUAGCUACUUCUUCAUAUUCGCAACAUUCUUUAUUGUCAACAGUAACAUGUAUUAAAAAAGUUGUAUCUGCUGCUGCACAAAUUUGGUUUGCAAGAUCUGCUGAUAUGUUUGGAAGAACUACAAUUCUUCUUAUCUCUAUAGUGCUAUAUGUUUUAGGUACUAUUAUUGAAUCACAGGCAUAUGAUGUAUCGAGGUAUGCGGCAGGUGCUAUAAUCUUUGCUAUCGGUCAUUCUGGUAUUGUCAUGGUCUCUGAAUUAUACGUUGCUGAUUUUUCAAACUUAAACUGGAGAGUCACUGCAGCAGCUGCUCAAGUCUUACCUAACGUUAUCACUACAUGGAUUAGUGGAAAUAUUGCAGGAUCGAUGAAUGAAAAAUGGUCAUGGGGUAUCGGUAUGUGGGCGAUUAUCUUCCCAAUAUCAUGUAUUCCUCUAUUGUGUUGUAUAAUUCACAUGAAAUACUUGGCCAAAAAGAACCAUGAAGAUAUCUGGAUCGCAUUUAAGAAACCUCAAAAUAUGACAUGGUCUCAAUUUUGUAUUGACGUAUUCUUCUGGAAACUAGAUAUUGUUGGUCUUGUGCUAUUGGUUGCCAUUUUCGGUAUGAUCCUUAUCCCUUUUACUUUGGCAGGUGGUGUAAACGACAAAUGGAAGAGUGCUUCAAUAAUUGUUCCGGAAAUAUUGGGCUGGGUUUUGGCCAUCCCAUUAUAUGUUAUUUGGGAACUUAAAUUUUCUAGAUAUCCUUUAACACCAUGGAAUGUCGUCAAAGACAGGGGUAUUUGGGCUCCUCUAAUAAUUUCUUUAUUCCAAGAAUUUGCUUAUUAUAUGCAAAGCACUUACAUGAUUACUGUGCUUUAUGUUGCCGUCAACCAAACUAAAUCAACUACAGCUAGAAUAACCAAACUAUACUCAUUUGUAGGUGUUAUAACUGCUUUCUGUUUUGGCUUUGUGGUAGCAAGGAUAAGAAGAACGAAGGAAAUAAUUGUAUUUGGUAUUAGUGUUUGGUUUAUUGGCUUUGGCUUACUUGAGAAAUAUACGGGUGGCCUUGAUGCUAAAGUUGGUAUCAUCGCUGCAAUCUGUGUUCUUGGAUUCGGUAAUGGGUUUAUAAAGUUUCCAGUGAGAGCAUCAAUCCAAGCAUCUGCUUAUACUCAUGAAAUGAUGGGGGUUGCGACUUCAUUAUUUUUAAGCGUGGCCAGUAUUGGUAGUGCGUUUGGUUCAGCUGUAGCUGGUUCCAUAUGGUCCAAUGUUUUACCUGGAGAGAUUAACAAGCGUAUUACAACCAACUCUACUUUGGCAGCAUAUGCCUAUAGCUCACCAACUAAAUUCAUCAAGCGAUAUACAUGGAAUACAAUAGAGAGGCAAGAAGUCGUAGUUGCCUACAAAUACGUUGAGAAGAUUUUGAAUAUCGUUGCCUUAUGUCUUUUAGUUCCUAUGUUAAUUGCAUCUGUAUUUUUGAGAAAUAGAAAGUUGGAAGAUGUUAUAUCUUUUGACCAAUAUGAUAAGGAACAACAAAAGAGUGAAGAAUAA